AUGCAUAGUGACCGUGAAGCUGUCCGAUUACUAAAAGGCUGCAACUGGGACCUGAAUGUUGCCCUCAAUGUCUUUUACGAAUCUCGACCUCAAUCCGAUAACCGUCAACAUAUUUCGGUGGAUGGGACCAUGCGAUUAUGCGAGGAUCUCGAGAUUGAUCCAACUCAGCUUGAAUUUCUGAUUAUAUCCUACUAUCUUGGAUCCGAGCGGAUGGGCGAGUUUGAACGCGACCGUUUUGUACAAGGCUGCAUGAAAUUGCAGUGUGAUACCCUUGAGAAGCUACGCGCCAGUAUUCCCUUUCUCAAGAACAAUCUGCACAAUCACGACAAUUUCCGAGAUCUGUAUUGUUAUGCAUUUCUCUUUGGACGACAAACAGGACAAAAAAAUAUGUCACUGGAAGCAGCGAUUGAACUGUGGCGGCUACUGCUUGGUGAUCAAUACUCCAUGCUGGGAAUAUGGAUUCAGUUUCUUGAAGAAAACCACGGCAAAGCUAUUUCACGCGAUACUUGGAAUCUGUUUUACGAAUUCAUUAGCCAGCCCAAUCUGGAUCUCACAAAGUAUGACGCCGAAGGCGCUUGGCCUAUUCUCAUUGAUGAAUUUGUGCAAUAUUGUCUGGAUAAAGGCGUCACAGGUUCAACCUCUUGA